AUGAAAUUAGUAAUAUUCCAACUUCCAACUACAACUGUCAGAACUACUACAUUGAAAUUGGGUUGUCAGAACAACUGGUUCCAGUGCACAUACGGCGCGUGUGUAGACGGGACGGCGCCCUGCAAUGGCGUACAGGACUGCGCCGACAACUCGGAUGAACUGCAUCCACGCUGCAGGAACGAAUCCUUGCCCAUCCUUUUCUUCAAAUGCCACAACGGAGAGCAGAUCCCAGUCUCUGACCAAUGUGAUGGCGUGCGGCACUGCUCGGAUGGGUCGGACGAGCGGGUGGAAACUUGCGUGGCGCAGACCUGCUUCCCGUACCUGUUCCAGUGCGCUUAUGGCGCCUGCGUCGACCGGGGCUCCCCUUGCAACGGCGCCUGCUUCCCGUACCUGUUCCAGUGCGCUUACGGCUCCUGCGUCGACCGGGACUCCCCUUGCAACGGCGUACGUGACUGUGCGGACGGUUCUGAUGAAUCUGAAGAACUGUGCCACAACGUCGUGGCUACUGAUGACUCCAACAAAUAUAAUGACAACAAAAGCCCAACUCAACCAGGGGUUUGCAUUUUACCCUCGUACCCAAAAAAUGGACGAUACAGGGUCACGAACGGUCCAAACGACUUCCCAGGCCAGUCUGCGGACAUGUAUCUCCUAAAUGUUUCGUGUCACCAAGGUUACAGAUUAGCUGGUGACAGCACUGUAUACUGUUUCCAAGGGUACUGGGUUCCAGAGAAUUUGCCCAAAUGCCUCCGUUCCUGCAGGUUCACACCGCAUCCCAGCGUAGAAUACUCCUGCUUAUCAGACAGGUCCUCACAAAGACGACGGGCUUGCAAUGCAUACGAGCCUGACGGUACAGUCAUCAGGACCCGGUGUAGACCCGACUAUAACGGACGACCUCGUACUAUGAGAUGCGUCGACGGAAAUUGGAACUCAAUUCCCCAAUGUUCAAUGCAUCAUCAAGACGGAACCAACAUCACAAUAUUAGUUAAAGAUCAGGUCGAAGUUCACAUAAGUGGUAUACAGUACGCAUCAAACGAUGUUACUGAAAAGAAAGAGGUAGAAGAUGAUAGCAGUUACGAUAUUGAUGAAGGGGAUUUAAGGAUAGAUGAGUAGCUAGUAAACCUAAACCUAAUAAUAAUAGAGUAAAUUUACAAUUUAAUAAUAGUACUAUUAGUAUAGACAGUG